CAAUGUCGGUAUAAUCUAUCAUUCGACAAAACGUGCCAAUCCCAGUUUUAUCGCGGAAAAGAGCACAAAAAGCAAAGAGCUGUCAAACUAGUGCAAAACGUGAAAGAUUUUCCGUACUUGGAAGUCGCUGUUGUGCAAAAAUCUAAUUUUAUUUCAAUGUUGAGCCCCGUUUAACUUAACCCUCCGGCUUGUAAAUACUCAUCGUGGAAAACGAUAUACGAAACUUUGAAAGUAGCGAGCAGACUAAACACCUACACAAACACGCAAUGUACGAUCUGAAACCAAUCUUGAAGCCGGUCCACGUCGAACUGCCGACGUGCAUGUACCCGAUGAAACCGGUGAUCCAGCACGGGGCCUCCAGCGGCGCGGUGGCGACCCCAAGCAGCACGGUAUUUAUGGAUCUUUUGUCCGAAAAAAUUAAGAUCUUACUGCUCAAGGAAGAUCUUCCCGAAAUUCAAGCACUGGCAGUCAAGCAGGAGAAAAUUUUGAAACAGCUGGCAGAACUGCGGGAGCAACUAGUCUCGAUGCGAACUGACCUAAAACUGUGCAACAAACCAGCUCAGCCAAGUGCCAUUCAGUCGGCACCCUCAAAGACCUCCAAAAGUAAAUCGGACACGAAGAAGAUCGAACCAAUCAAUGCGUCAUAUCUACAGGACUUCGUGGUCAACGCUAGUCCCGAAAACAUCCCUUACGGAUUGCUUGCCCUGAAGAAGCUCUGGAUCGAUCGUCUCAAUCUGCAGGUGGAAUGCUUCACCCAUUCGACGAUCCCCAAGCUCAGCGAAGAGGCCAUCAAUUUCCAGAACCAGAUCACCAGUUUUGAACCCAAACGGGAGAAUCUGCCUCGCAUUAUGGUGACCCUCAUCUGGAAGAAUGUUGGCACCUACACCGAAAUGAUCACUUCCCCAACGGCAUACGUCCCGAUCUGCGGUGAGGUCAACAUCCUGCGCUUCCUGUCCCGUUGCGGCCCGAGCGAAUUCAAUUACGAACGAAACGACGACGUCACCGAAGCGGACUCUAUCUUGGACACGUGCUACCAGCUGAUCAACAAGCAGAACGUCACGGACAAGAAGCAGGUACUGAAAACCCUCAGUUCCAAGUUGGGCAAAACGGCCAGCUUCGGUGGGGAUGAAGUCUCUCUAUGCGACAUUGCGGCCACCAGUGCGAUCAAGCAGGUGCAGAAAGCACUGGCCAAGGAUAUCAACCCGAACAUGGCGAAGCUGAUCGGGCGAGUGUCUGCCGUUGUUGGCAUCUAAUCGAAGACGGUGAGCUAAAAUGGACAAAUAAGCUUUGACACGAAACUUUUUAAUUUAAACAUUUGCUAUAAGUUUACAAUGCGAUGCGCAUUUUAUCGACUUUCUAGGCAUUUCAGUUCAGCUGCACAUAAACGGUGUUCAAUGAA